AUGAUCCAGCUUGCCAUAACAAACCUGAAACUGUCUCCAGAGUUUGCUGCUGUUUACAAGAACAGCAGUGAACGCUUUUCUAAGGAGCUGUUGUGCAUCAUCCAAUCUCUGCAGUUUUCUGUGCGUUUCCUUUCCAAAUUAAACGCUGUCUCUGAGCUGGAAAACUCCUGGGUACAGGAGAAGGUGAGAGCUCUGACUGCUGUGACGGAGGGGCUGCUGCAGAGCAAUGCCUCCUGCCCCCUCAUCGCCGUGCAAGAUGUGGAUGACGUGCUCCCGUCUCAGCUUCUGGACAUGCUCAUUCCUUUCAUGCUGAAUGAAACAGUACUGAACCCCUUAAAUUUCUCUGGCAACUUAGCAGGCUGGAAUAACUUGUCCACACUCUUCACUGUGGUGCAGGAUGAGCUCCACAUUAACGACCUGCUGCAGAGACUCCAAGACAUCUUCAACCUCACCCAGUGGAGUUCUUACUCAAGUGUUUGGGAUACGGUUGACAGCUUCCUAAACAUCAAAAGGAAUAUUACUGAAGCAGCUGCCUUUGCAAAGUUGUUGGAAGCAGUGGCAAACAACUCUGCCAAUGAAGUUUCAGCUCUAGAAAUCAUAGAAGCUGGUCACUACAUUCUCAAGAGGCUGAACUUCUCUGAUCUGCUAAAUGAGUUCAAUAUAAAUUCCAGUUCGUCUUUUCUCUCCAACAAAACUAAUUUUGAUGCUGUGAUUGAUAUUGCCGCUCAUUACUUCAUUGACCUGGCAGAAACUCUGUACAACAAGACCCUGCCUUGGACUCAGAGUGACCAAACUCUGUCGCCAACCAGUUUGAUCACACAAUUUCUGUUUUUGGAAUUUGAAAAGACCAUCUUACAGGUGACAAUGAAUAACAGCUAUAACCCUUACCUGAUGUGUUUAAUGAAUGCCACUGAAGUUGAAGACGACAAAUUGACAGAAAACAUCACACUGCUUUUGAAGCAAACUCACCUGAAAAAGAACUCUUUUAUGCAAAAUAAUACCUCUGAGAAACAUUCAUCCAUACCAGAGCUCCUGAAGCUAAAAAUAUCUCGCCUCCGGGAUCUGACAACGCUUCUUUGUGACUAUGAGAGCUUUAAGUCAAUACAGAAUGUUUGCCAUCUUCCUGACGUUAGCUUUGGAGAACUGUGUGAACAAAGUCAAUCUCACGAGCAGCUCCUCCAUGCUAUUGAACUGAGCAAUCAAGUUGUGACCAAUGUACUGAAUCAUAAAAGAAUCUCCCAAGAGCUUCAAAAUAUACUGAUUGGGGAUGCCACGAACAUCCAGACGCAAAUGAAGUGGUUUCAGGAGAACAUACCAGAAGUUGCUUUCUUUCAAGAGGUUCCUCAGUAUGUGACUACUUUGAAUUCCAUAUUGAACAUCACUGAGAAUUUAACAGAUUCUAGCAAGCAAGAAAAGUUAAGAAAUGUAUUAAAAAAUGUGGACCAACUGAAAGCGGAUCUCAGAAACAUAACACGAAUAUCCACAGCCAGUAUUGAUGCUCUUCUGGAAGCAUCUCUCCCAGAAAACAGCAGUCAGCUUAUUUCUCAGAUCUUCCAGCUGGAGUCUUGUAGUGUCCGUCCUGCUGACCCACAGCUGCAAAUGGUAGCAGAGGAGUUGUGCAAUCUCCCUCUUCCAGAGAGGACUCGUGAGAUGUACAUCCUGGGGGUCACUCUGUUACGACACUUAGACAUUUACAAUUUCUUAUACAAGAUGUUUUUCCCUAAGGAGCUUCAGAAACCCAUGGACAAGAUGUUAGGCCUUCUGAAAAAAAUGAAAUAUUUCAGACACCAGGUUGAGUCUGGAGUUGAUCCAUUGCUGCAAGCUAUUAAUUCACUGAAGAAGCUCCGGCAGUCUAGGAAUGUGCCACUGUCUCAGGCAUUAUUUAAAACAGACAACUUUAGGAUAAGACAUGGCACAUUUAAGUCCAUGUCAAAAGUUCUCUGCAACCAGGAGAUCACGCCCCUGUUUUUUGAGUCCUUGCUUCCAGAUUUUGGAGACCCUAUAGGCAACAGUUCUUCUGUGGAGGAUGUCUAUGUUCAAAAGAUGAUGAGGAAAUACGGGAUUCCUCAUGACUCAACACCGUUUUGCUUAUCCUUUUACCUGGACCUGGUGAAGACCCCAACUGGAGCUUUAAUCUGGUCUUUUUUAAAACCAAUGGUGCUUGGCAAAAUCCUUUAUACACCAGACACCAUAGAAACUCAAGCAAUCAUGAGAAAGUCUAAUGCAACCCUGAAGCAGAUGGCUGAUCUAGCCCUGAAGUCCCAGGAGUGGUUGGACAAGUCUCCUGUCAUCAUGAAUUCACUGACUAAGUUAAACGAGACAGUUCCGAUGAUCAAGAACACCCUGCAGAAUCCCUUUGUGCAGGUUUUUAUCAAGCUGAUGGUGGACUUGGAUGCAGCUGAGCUGCUGAGUCAAAUAAACGAACUGGAUGAUAUUCGGCUGGAAUUACAGAACAACGCUGACAUUGUUGAUCAGCUGAAUACAUUAGCUACCCUUGCUGUAAAUGUGUCCUCCUGUGUCUCAUUUAAUCGCAUUCAAGGAGUCAAAAACUUAGAGGAAUUGGAAAAGGUGGCUAAAGAGCUCUUUCUGAAGAAUGAGCUUUUUGCAAGUAUUAUUUUCAAGCUACCUUCAAGCCGUGGCAGCCCUGGUCAGUCAGUUUAUGGGACUUUGGCCCUUCCUCCUGUGCUCAACUACACCAUCCGGAUGAGCAGCAGGAUCACGCAAACCACCAACCGAAUAAGGGAACGCAUCUGGACGGUGGGCCCGCACAAUUCCACCUCGCAGAGCCAAAUUUACAGCCGGGCAUUUAUUUAUAUCCAGGACAGCAUUGAAAGAGCCAUUAUUGAGUUGCAGACUGGCAAGAAUCCAGAGGAAAUAGCUGUUCAAGUCCAGGCCAUGCCCUAUCCCUGCUACAAUAAGGACAUGUUUUUAACCAGCGUGACCUACUCUCUUCCAUUUGCUCUGAUGGCUGCCUGGGUGCUGUUUAUAGCUGAUUUUGUUAAAACACUUGUUCAAGAGAAAGAUCUGAGGCUUUAUGAGUACAUGAAAAUGAUGGGUGUUAAUGCCAGCAGCCAUUUCAUCGCCUGGUUCAUAGAGUGUGCCAUCUUCCUUCUAAUUACUGUCACCUUCCUCAUCAUUGUUCUAAAAGUGGGUGACAUCCUUCCCAAAACAAACACAGCACUCCUGUUCCUGUACCUUAUGGACUACAGCCUGUCUAUCAUAGCCAUGAGCUACUUCAUCAGUGUUUUCUUCAAUAAUACCAACAUAGCAGCCUUGGUGGGCAGUCUUGUCUACAUCCUCACCUUCUUCCCCUUCAUCGUGUUGCUUGUCAUUGAGAAUCAUUUGAGCUUCUCUGUGAAGACUCUGCUGAGUCUGUUGUCUCCAACUGCGUUCAGUUAUGCAAGUCAGUACAUUGCUCGAUAUGAGGCACAGGGCAUAGGUCUGCAGUGGGACAACAUGUAUAAGUCCCCAAUGAUUGGAGACAACACUUCCUUUGGCUGGAUGUGCUGGCUCAUUCUGAUAGACUCUUUCAUUUACUUUAUCCUGGGAUGGUACAUAAGGAAUGUUUUCCCAGGGAGAUACGGUAUGGCUGCUCCCUGGUAUUUCCCGUUGCUUCCAUCUUACUGGAUUGAAUACAAUAGUUACCUCCCCUUCUGGAAUGAGAAACGAAGCGGCCUUCUCUUCACCAAGCUGAUGCUGAGGAAAGAAGCCACCCUGAACAAUAAGAUAUGUGCCGCCCCACCUCACCUGGAACCCGAGCCCACUGACCUCACCUUGGGAGUCUCCCUGCGCAGCAUUACAAAGGUUUAUGGAUCCAAAGCUGCAGUGGACAACCUCAGCCUCAACUUCUAUGAAGGGAAUAUCACUUCCCUGCUAGGACACAACGGAGCUGGGAAAACUACGACCAUAUCUAUUUUGACUGGGUUGUUCCCUACGUCAUCAGGUACUAUCUUUGUGUACGGCAAAGACAUCAGAACUGACCAGGAAGUUAUCAGGAAGAACAUGGGGGUGUGUAUGCAGCACAACGUGCUCUUUAACUAUCUCACCACAAAGGAACACCUGCUGCUCUACGGGUACAUCAAAGUCCCUCACUGGAGUAAACAGGAGCUCUACCGAGAAGUGAAGAGUACUUUGAAAGAGACUGGACUGUACAGCCAUCGUCACAAGCUAGCUGGCUCCUUGUCCGGGGGGAUGAAGAGGAAGUUAUCUAUAGCUAUUGCUCUCCUGGGUGGAUCAAGGGUGGUGAUUCUAGAUGAACCAACCACAGGAGUGGAUCCAUGCUCUCGGAGAAGUAUUUGGGAAAUUAUCUCCAAGAAUAAAAAAGGGAGAACCAUCAUUCUCUCAACACAUCACUUGGAUGAAGCAGAAGUUCUGAGUGACCGAAUUGCCUUCCUAGAGCACGGAGGGCUCAAAUGCUGUGGUUCACCAUUCUACCUCAAGGAAACAUUUGGUGAUGGAUACCACCUGACACUCACAAAAAAGAAGAACAUGAUAGAGGAGUGUGACACCACAGCAGUGACCUCCUUGAUCCAGUCACAUCUCCCAGAGGCUUAUCUCAAGGAGGAUAUUGGUGGAGAGCUCGUGUACGUGCUUCCCCCCUUCAAGUCCACAGUCUCAGGGGCCUACCAGGCGCUUCUCAGAGCCCUCGAUACCAGCUUGAAUGAUCUCCACCUUGGUUGCUACGGGAUUUCAAACACAACCGUGGAAGAGGUGUUUCUCAAUCUGACGAAAGAGCUUGUGAAAAACCAGCAAGAAGAUGCUGAACCUGCCCAACAGGUGCCUGGAGCAGGUGGUCAGAUGGGCAGUGAUGAAAUGUCUGUGAGCACAGACACCUUCACUGAAAGAGACGAUCAGCUCCUGAUUAGAUCAAAAAGCCUGCAGGGUUUGCCGUUGCUGCUUAAGAAGACAUCAGCUUUGUUCAUUAAGAGAUUCCACCAUACCCGGCGGGAUGUCAGAGGCUUCAUAGCUCAGGUCAUCCUCCCAGUCCUCUUCGUGAUGGCUGCGAUGGGACUGGGGACACUGAGAACUAAGGAGACUGAAUAUCCCGAACUGGUUCUUUCUCCCUCCCUGUACGGCACAUCUGACCAGGUGGACUUCUUUGGGAAUUAUAAUGAAACCACAGGUGCAUUAGUCGCUUCGAUGCUUGCUUUCCCUGGGACGGAUAACACAUGCAUGAAUGAAAGCAAUUCGCAGUGUUUAAAUGAGGACAUGCUUGGCCAGUGGAUUUUCAGUGGAAACCAGACAACUACGUAUUCUGCCUGCAACUGCACAGAUGGAAUCCAGACGUGUCCACAGACGAACUACACGCCCCCUCACAGAAGGACCUUCUCUACACGGACGCUUUAUAACCUUACAGGGCACAAUAUGGAGACCUACAUUCUGGCAACUACCAAAGACUUCCUGCAGAAACGGUAUGGUGGCUGGAGCUUUGGACUGCCUUUGACAGCAGAUCUCAAGUUUGAUAUCAGGCCAGUGCCCCCCAACAGAACGUUGACUAAGGUGUGGUAUAAUCCCGAAGGUUAUCACAGCCUUCCAGCCUAUCUCAACAGCUUGAACAACUUCAUUCUUCGAGCUAACUUGCCAAAUAAUGAGACUUCCAGAUAUGGUAUUUUCUUAUCAGCUCACCCAUACCCUGGAGGACAGAGUCAAGAACAAGUAAUGCUCAACAGCUUACUCGACAUCAUAGUUUCAAUGUCUGUUUUGGUUGGCUACUCUAUCACAACGGCGAGCUUUGUGCUCUACGUGGUAAAAGAACAUCAAACGAAAGCCAAACAACUGCAGCAUAUUUCAGGCAUUGGGAUGACAAGCUAUUGGGUGACUAACUUCGUUUAUGAUCUGGUACUUUUUAUGGUCCCUAUUGGACUCUCAAUAGGAGUUAUUUCAUCCUUCCAGAUACCAGCUUUCUGCAACAACAGUAACUUACUGGCAGUAUUUCUUCUGCUGUUACUGUUUGGAUAUGCAACGUUUUCAUGGAUGUACCUGCUGGCUGGGGUUUUCAAAGAAACAGGAAUGGCCUUCAUCGUUUAUGUCUGCGUCAACUUGUUCUUUGGCAUCAAUACCAUCAUAACUCACUCGGUUGUGUUUCUGCUCUCCCAGGAAAAGGCCACAGACCAG